AUGUAAGAAUGCAAAUUUACUGUUAUACUCGAUUAAUGUGUAAAUUUCCACUCAUCUGUAUAUAUACCAUUCUUAUAAGUAAUCUACACCCUCUUUCUAUUUUUAGUAGGUUUUAGUAAAAAACUACUCGAUAAGAAUCCUCCGACCUUACAGAUUUAAUUACUACUUCAACGUGUAUUGAAUUUUUUAAAUACUUUAUCUAGAUCAAAAAUUGAAGAAUUUAUCCAAAGUUAUAAUGUAAAAACAAGAUUUAAUGCCAUCAUGAAAUAAUAUUCAGAAUAUAAGUUAUCGAUUAAGUGCCAAAAUUUAUAGAGUACAAUCAAAAUGAUUUUAUUAGGAUUAACACAAUAUUGUAAAUUAAUUACACUAACUUAAAAAAAUACUCAAAAACAAAGGGCAAUUUAGAGAAUCAAAAAUUUUGCAUUUGUACGGAACUAACUAGUAUUACUAAGAAUCAAUUAAUACCAUAUUUUUGAAGCAAUUAUAUAUAUUUAGGAUUCGAAGAAAUUAAUACUUAAUUAUUUAUAUAGAUGCAAACAUAUGUAUUCCAAAAUGUCAAUAAUUAAAGUAAAACAAAUUAUGAAACAUAAUAGUGCAAUGUGUAACCAUCCAUAUAACAACAAUUAAUCCUAUUGCGAUUUCUUGAUUAAAUAAGGGAGAGUACCUCCACUUAGCUUAACAAUAAUUUCAUCAACAUGUAAGCUAUCUAAAAUAGGCUAUAAUGAGAUUUUGGUUUAUGUUUCAAGAAAUUACCUUAGUGGGGAGGAAAUCUAUAUUUCAUGUAAUUAAUGUACAUUUUCCAAAUUGGCAUUUUAUACAAUUAUUAGGGCAAGAAUAUUUGCAUUAAUGACAUCCAUCAUUUGA